UUGAAAAUAUCGGCUAGUACACGUGUUCUAGCUUCGCGUGGUUUUGACCCCCAAUCACUAAAGCGUCAAAUUUUUCAAGAGGAACGUCGAUUUGUAUGCUAUGGAUCCCAAGAGGGGAUUUUGCAUAUCACGGGCAUGCUAGUGUUUGUCGAUAUCGGCGAUAAAUAGAAGAAUUGGAGACGAUCCAAGGUCUGGGAAUCCCUAAUAAAUUAUGGGAAAGGUCACUCACUGGUGAUCUGUUCUUGAGCUGAAUCAACAAGAAUGUAGAAAUCGGGCUAACUGGUACCCGGCAUCCGAGUAAUGAAAGAUUGAUUGGCAAACAUGGCGUCAAACUCGAAAAUGACUGAUGAUCUUCCUUCGCAAAAAGCAGAAAUUGGCUACCUGACUUCAUUUUCCAUUUUCCUGGGCCACCUGCAUCGUUAUGAUUGUCAGCCACUAACUUAAUGCAGACUUAGUGGCCAAGUAAAGCACGGCAGUAUCCUGGUCACAACUAGUGGAACUCAUUCAUAUCAUACCAUUUUUUGAUUCUUGAGGGUCCUGGUGUGGAGUCAUUUCAAGAAAUGGCCUGAUGCAUUCCCAAUACGUGUACCGUACAUGUACAUGAAGCACUGUUAAACAUGCAGCUUUUAAAAGCAUGAACUGUAUCAGCCAUGACACUUCAACCCCCCAUCAUCUCUGAUGCAUUUGUGGGACCUUGUCAUCCCUGUAAAUCAUUUUAAACAAGUCCACAGUUAAUCCUUCACACCGACAACUUUUCAACUGGAAUGGAAGGUCGUAGCCCAGAAGACAAGGCAUGCGAUGAUGAAUUUGUUGGAGGGCCAAAUAAUCGUGCAAAAAGUAAGCAACCUACAUGUACAUCAGUGGAUGAUAAGGGUAGUGUUGAUGACAGCCCUUCAUUGCACAAUAACAGUGACCACAAUGUGGGAUCAGUCAAUGACAAUGGUGAAAUGGUGCUGGACCAAACCAAGGAAUCAACUCUGCUUCUUCAUAAAGAGGAGCAAGACCAUCUCUUGCCAGACAGUGUAACACCCACCAACCAGGCCAGCAGCAAUGAUGUAGGUGUACAGGAUAAUGCAGUGCUUGAGGAUCAAACACAGGCAGCCAAUGAAUCUAUUCAGGAGAAGCAGCACCCUUGCUCUACCUCCAAAAGCUCAGUUUCUGGAGCAUGCGAUCAUGCUGCAGCUAAGCGUGAUGAACGGCUAGAUGUCUCCCCAAAUGGAGAAUGCGGCUCACAGGAUGGACAGCAGGAAGAUUUGGCGACUCAAACAGGGAAUUGCACGGUCCAACAGUACAGCGUGGAGCAUUUACUUCAACCGUCAACAAACAGCAGUAGACGGAGUAAGGUGAUCACCUGUUCAGACUCCGAGCAUUUUGUGGCAAGUGGAUCGAAAACUAACAGCUCAAUCACUGUGGAAAAACACAACUUCUGCCAGACCCAGGCAUACCCUUUUGCCUUGCAGAUGAAAUCGCAGGCACCUGGUGCAGAAAUCAGAGAACACAGGGCACCGUUUGUGGUCGAUGGUACCAAAUUGGAAAUUACAUGUAGAUAUGGGGAAACUUUGUCUUCACAGAUACCAUGUUCCACCGUAAAAACCUCUCCGGAUCAGUGUCAGGUGGAUGCUGCCUCGCAUGCGUUUAUCUCUGCUGAGACUGUUUCCAACCAUGCCAGUGCUUCUACUCAAGAAAACACAAUAUGCAGCUCUGGACAUGCAUCCCCAGAAGUUGAAAAUGCAACUCAAGGCAAAAGCCACACUUACCCUGUUGGAGAUACUGGUGAAUCUGAAACUGAUUCUUGUCUACACAUGGACAGCAGCUCGAGGGACAGAGACAUGAAAGCAGAGUACGAAGGUGGGAACUCUCAGAAUCCAACUUCAUCCCUGUGUGAACUGGAACUCUGCGAAACCGAAGGGGUGAGGCAACUUAGGCCGGGGUUGAAAAUUAAAGUUAGAAAUUCUCCCAGGGAAGAAAUGGGCUCACUUUGUGAUUCCGCAUCAGAUUUUGUCAGAGUCGCUGUCAAGCGGGAGCCAACUGAUACAAGAGCUAUUGUCAGUCCAGGGAGUAGGCGCAUUAGUCCUGGCAGGCUGAGCAUCAGCCCAGGUUCUAGGCGUUUGCGGCCACGGAACUCUCCAAAGCAGUUCACGGGCAAGCCCGUCAGCUUUGUAAACAUAGAGGGGAAGCGUCUUGAGACACUGCUUCGUCCAAAGGCCAAGAGAAAGAGAGUCUCCAACCUAGGAACCAAAAUACCAACCUCCUCUCCUCAACAAGAGGGGUCCAGCCCAUCGGCUAUGCUGGAAGAAUCAAACGGGAAUGAGAGCCCUCAGGCAAACAGUGACAGUGACAACUCAAAAUCAAGGAAAGGCAAAAAGAGUGGCCAGCCAGUCUUAGUUUUUCACCAAGUCAUUCCACCCAGGCCCAGGGCUCCCAUGCGGGAAGAGACACCGCCUGAAAGUUCCACUGGUUUGAUUAGUUCCAUGUUGAGGAACAUUGCUGAACAAAUCCAAGAGCCAAACACUGUGGACCAGACAACAACGCAGCAGAGUUCGGACCCAGACAGCAGGGACCUGCAGCAACAAGCUCCCCUUCAGCAAGUGCCUCCCAACAGUCACAGACCUCAAAUCUCUGCACCGGUGCAGCCAGGCUUUCGCCGCCGGCCACAGCUGAGGUUCAGUGACUACAGCAACUGGUUCACGAGUCAAAGCUAUCUGUCUAGACAGGGUCCAAAUAAGCAGCCAGAUGAAUCUGGCUUCUCAGCAUGGAAACGGGCAAAAAGAACAGACGAGUCCCUCUCCGAUCAGCAGAGACACCCUUCGUGGACUAACUGGCCCACAAGUGAUGAUAGAAUCAGUGGCAGCCACAGGAUUCAUCCAAUUCCAGGAGCAGGUCUUGGUCAGGUCAGUGGAAGUUCCGUGCGGGAGCUACUUCAGCGGACCAACGACUCAGGCCCUUCAGGGGCUGGAAUGAACAGGCUGUCAGAAGCUCUUAGGCCUGGUGGAAAUAGAGUAGGCAGUGGGGUUGGGGUUGUCCCAACUGCAACUGUAGCCGGCAUUGUUGGCUCGUCCAAUUUCUCAUUCAGUCAUGGACAACAGGACAUCCUGCGUCAGUAUCUGACAACUCAUGUUGAGCUGCCAGCAUCCACUUGCCAAAGCAUCACCAGCUCGACCAACCCAACCUCAGUGAUGGAUAGCCAACCUGUCAUGACAACCCAAGUACACGUGGAGGACCACCCUCCACCUCGGCAGGUCAGAUCCUUCCGUUGGGCACAAUCAGGCCACCUGCACCAGCCUGACCACCCGAAUCCCACCAGGAAGCGUGUCAGGCUUGUCUCAGAUGAAAGCCACCACAGCCCACCAACCACGCUCCCUGAUGACAUCAGCUCCAAUCAAUCAACAGAUUCUAGCAGCUCACACCGGACAGCGGCCUCAAUCAACCGUGAUCAGCAGACAGUCCCCCUGGCCGACCAGCCUGACAUCAAACCAGAUAUCAAGACCCUUCCUGGAUACAAGCACACCAGCGUCAGCAGCACCAGUUCCAGACAGUCUGACAUUGGCCCCAGCAAGUCAAACCUAAACACAGACUCCUUAAUCCGGCACCUGCUGGUGCAGGGAACCUCUGCUGCUGGCAGUGUUCCUUGGGAGCAGAGGAUGCAAGCCUCUGCGUCCACUUGCAGCGAUGACCACCAGAUGCCACCCUUGUCCCGUGAUAUGCCCGCUGCGGAUCCCGCACCCCAGCCAGGCAGCAGCUCAGGGGUAGUAGAGGAGGAGACAAAGUCUGCAGUCCCUGUCAAGCGGGACUCGUACACUCGCCUAGAUCUGGACACCGGCCAGACGCAGACCACCAGUUACACCUGCGAGCACUGCGAUGUCAUCUUCAGUGACAGCGUGAUGUAUAUCUUGCACAUGGGUUGCCACGGCCGACGGAGUGCUUUUGAGUGUAAUCAGUGUGGCGCAGUUUUCCGAGACAAGUAUGAAUUCACAAUACACUUCAUUCAGGGGGAACAUAGCCCAAAAUAAAGCAAGAGUUUGUUCACAUGUUCAAAAACGUGAUGUGAACAUGUUAUCAUUUAAACCAUUGUUAAAUCAGGAACAAGUUAAAAACAGAUUCUUAAAUGGUUUAAACUAAUCAAAACGAAUGUGUGUUGAUCUAUCAAACGUGUGUGGCCAGUGGCCAGAGCCAAACUUUGUCUGGAUUGGAAUUCAAGACAGCCCUGUUUUCUGCACUCUCAGUGAGAAAUUAAAGCACCAAUUUGUACAUGUACACGUACAUUGUACUGUUCAUUGCAAGUGAAAGUCAACCUGGGAAUGGGAAAUUCUUGCUCGGAUUUCUCUUCCAUGGGAAAUCAUUUUUGUUUCACAAAUUGUGAAAAUUUGCCAGAGUGGGAUAAGAGUCUCACACUCUUUCACAACAGUGGGAAAAUACUUGCAUGCAUUUUUACACCAGUGGGCAAGCACAUAUUUUCUCAUUUUGUGAAAUGUGAAUGUGUGUGCAGAUUCUUUUCACAGAAUUUCCCAUUCCCAUUCAUAGUGUAAAAUUUCAGUUGCAAUGUACUACUGUAUACAUGUACGUGGAUACAAAAGGGAAAGUGAGGGAAGUGGCGAAGGGGGGAUGGUUUGUAAAAGAGGGUACACAGUUUUGCUGGGGUUGAUAGAGUUGCCUGAACUGUACAUGUACUUGUACCUGGGUGAGCAGCAGGGCAGUUUUACUGUCAUACAAUUAAGGGCACUUCAUUUUGAAAGAGCCUGAAAGAAGAAGUUGGUAACUACCCCUUCUUUGUGCAUUUUCUCUAAUAGCAUUACAGUGUAUAUUUUUCAAGCUUUCUAGAGUUUUCAUGCUGAAAUCUUGUGAUAUCGUACCAUUUUGACACAUUUUUGUGAAGAUUUGACAUACCGUUUUGUUUUUUGAGAUAAAGAGUGUAAAUGACUGUAACAACAAACAUGUCUGAUUGAACUUCAGAGAUACAUGUACACGUACAUUCACACUCGCAAUGGAUGUGUACACAUUACACAUGUACUUGCAUGUCAAGUUUCAAAACCAUUGUUCAUGGGAGAGCCAAGAUCGGGGGAGGGGGAUCCUGGCUGUGAGGUGGUCCGAAAAUUCUUGCCCCUUCAGUGUUGAAGUGAAUCAAUACUUUUGUAUGUAUGUACAGUUGUGCCUGUAUGUUCAUUGGAGAACACUAACUGAAAACUAUCCGACUGGGGAAUGUACAUGUACAUCUCACAUUGUUGGUUGGAUCAUUCAACUGGACGUGGUCCAUUUUGGGUGUUCUUUGGAGGUUAUUUGAAAUCACUGUUGGAAUUUACCAAGCAUUACUUUGGUAUACAUGUACAUAUUUUUUAUGUAGAGUUUUGUUCAUUUUUCACAUUUUUGGAGGACCAGGCAUUGUUGGAAAAAACUUUAAAAACAACAUUUUUGAAUAUUGAAAUAAUCUGUCUAAAUGUCUUUAGAUAGAAUUGAACCAAAAGUGACUUACUCAUGUAAUUUUUCUAAGGUUAACAGAUCAUUUCCUUUGUAAGCCGAGUUUUGUUUCUAAGUGGAGUGAAUGUUGCUACUCAGUGGCAGAGUGAAGCUUUUAUAUAUUGAUUUAUAUAGUUUGCAUUAAUUUUGAUUAACUGCUGCAUUGUUUUCGUACAUACUUAAGUUAUUUGUUUUUUACGUUUUAGAGUUUGUAAAUACGACUGUAUAAUAUGCAUUUGUACGUAGUUUUUGCCAUUGCAAAUUUUAGCCCUUUUGUUUGAAUGACACCGUGCAACAUUUCUGUUGUCAUGACGUUACAAAAGUUAUGUGAUAAUGCAUGUGGAUUUAUUCACAUACUUGUACCAGAGGUGCAUUGUACACCGUACGAGUGAUGGGCCAAAUGUAAUGUACAGUAAAACAGUGCAAUUUCAGAGAAACAGCUCAACUGAAAAAGUCUUGAUGGAGACGAAUUAACUCACAUGGCUUGUACUAUUCUUGCAUACAUUUUUUUUUCCAAUCAAUCAUGCUUCAUCCCUGGCAGAACUGCUUCGUGUGAGUGCAUAAAUGCACGUGUAAAUAAACACUAACACAGAAUUUCGUGGCUAAUUUGAAAAACGAAAAAUACAUGUAGACUUUUAAAAAGAGAAAUCAUGUGCAGAGCAUAUUACAAUUCAGAUGACCACUUUUGUGCAUGUCGGGACCAGUAAAGGUGACGUGAAGGGUUUAGGUGAUGAUUUUUUCUAAGACACGUUUUGUGCAUCCAGAUAGUCCUCAGUGCAUGAAAGCUACAUGUACAUAUAUAUGUAUUUGAGAUCCUUUGUGGGGAUUGAACAUAUAGAAAAGUGCCUGUUUUAAACAUUUAAAAUUGUCCACGCUGUUCAGGAUUACUGAGGGCACUGUUGCUAUGAUGGUACAAUCAGUGAAGACACUGUUGAAAUCGUGAACCAGGAUUUGCUCAUUUCAGACCUGCCAACAUAUCGUACUCCAUCCUGAGUUCAGGCAUUACCACAGUAGAUUAAAAUGUUGAAUGAAAUGAAGGCGCAUUUAAAUAUUUUUUUAAUAUAUUGUGUGGUAAUGCCUGACCUCAGGAAGGAGUGCGGCAAGUAGUGUUGUCAUCAAGACCACUUAAGGCCUUCACAAGACCAACACAAGACCUCCAGUCUGAAUUCAAGCCACAAGCUGUUCAAGUGGACUGCAACAAAAGACCCUUUGUCAUUGUUCACCCUGUUACAUGUGCCUUUUCUUGUCCCUGGUCUUGUAUCUUAUCUUGUGAUGGUCUUGACUACAACACUUGCAGCAAGGUUGCUGCAUGUACAUGUAGGUCUGUCAUUUCCUUGCAAGGGUUGCUCACUGGUUUGUUGCCAGGUACGUGCACACAACAGUAUAUAACAAAGGAAAUUUAUUGCAGCAAAAUAUGAAAAAUCAACAGGAUUUUAUGAACAGAACAGUGCACCAUUGAGGUUUUCUCCCUCAGAUGAUAUAACAGUUUUGCACAUAAACAUGUACAUGGAAAGUUGCAUCAGCACAAAAACCAGAAAGGUGCCAAAAUACCCAUUAUGGCAGCAAAACAAAAUGUGAAAAGAAGGCGUAUUUUCAAGGAUGCAGUAAAACAAUUGGCUUCCAUAGACCCUUUAACCAAUCCAUCUCUCAUCUUAAUUUUUUUUUUACUCUCUGUAGAAUCACUUGAUGAAUAGAGGAUUAUUUGCGUCAAAAUAUUACACUACCAUAAGUUUUUUUCCAAGGUAUCAAGUAUUUUUGUCGUCAUGUAGCAACAAAUGAUUAUCUGGGGACUUGAAUUUCUUAAAGAAUACAAGCUUGCUGCAGGAAAGUAAGAGAGAAACACAAGGUUUACUUUAAUACAUGUAACUAGUAUCGAUCCCCAAUUUCAAGAGGCUACAGAACUAGCUGAAAGAACCUGUUGGCAUUAUAGCAUGAUGUCACAUGAAAUAAUGUUACCAGGUUCUGAUUUCAAAGAGCCAUCAAAGUGUCCUGCUGGUCAGGUGUAUAAUGAUUGUACCUACACCACCAUGGAUCAUAAAGUUGAAAUCUUUGAGGGGGGACUUUGACUCCUUGUUUUUUCAUCUUGACCUCUUUGAUUGAUUUAAAAUCAAAUGCUACUCCUCACUGCAAAUAAUGUACCUUUUUAAAUGACUCAUGGCUUUUGGGGCUUUGAAGGUAAGGAUAUAGACCUCCAUUUUGAUGCUGCCAUGUUUGUCUUGUUCCCUGUAGACGCAUCAACAAUAGUAAUACAACUUCACAUAUUAAUAAAGGGGAACAGACUGUUUUUUCCUUCCAGCCCUCAAUUUGGUUACAUUGCAUUAAAUGGUGGAAAUGUAAGAUAGCUGUCCCAUGCAUCCGUUAUCUAAGAACUGUCCAACAUGUAUUUUUGCUGAGUUUUAGCCUCUUGAAAUUGGGGACCUGUACCAGACCAGAAGUCUCUCCCUUUGUUUGUUGCAGGUAUUGUAACCUUAAGGUUCCCUAUAAUGGUCCAAUAUACGAUUAUCAGAGCUUGUUAGAUAAAAAAAUUUGUCUAAUUGUUGUUGUCCCCAGGCAUUCUAAUUAAUUGUCAUGACUGAAUUAAGAUCAGGAUUUCACCAAAAUUAGAACUUUUAAUAGUCUUCCCCUUUUUAAAAGAAACUAAUCAAAGCAGUGUACAUGUAUGUACUUUUCCAGGAUCUAGGCAAAGAAUCUCUGGACAAAAGAUGUUUUAUAGGGGAAAGUUUUUUAUCUUUUUCCAUGUUCAGUUUCCUAUUACAAAAGAAAUUUUGUCCGUGGUCCCUGUCAUAAGAAGAUGUGCUCUGUACAUGUAUGUGUUUUUUACUAACGGACGUGUGCUUGGUUCAAUUCCCCACCUCAUUUAUGGCUGGGUCGUUUCAGUAGCUGUGACUUUGUGUACAUGUUGGUUUUUUUUGUGUGAUUGAGCAAGCUGUACUGUACAACUGAAGGCAUGCUUCUUAUAUGUAGCAGCAACCUCCAGGUCUAGGAAUGGUAUGGUGUCUGUCAUUGUCAGUAUUUCAAACAGUGUAUUAUAGUCUGGCUUCUGUAAGAAAUGAGGACUUGCCCUAACUUGUGUAACUUUUGCAAGUACAUGUAGUGUCUUUCGCUAAGAGAUUUUUUUUAGUUUCAAAGCAAUUUAGUGCAUCAGAUAUUCAAAUUACAUGUACACGUAGACUUGCAAAGGGCCUAGGUCAAUGCAUAGCCCAACAGAUGAAUCCAGUGACACUCCACUGGAUAUUCCUGAUGGCAACCCUUUGAUGACAGAGCAUUGUGGUGUACGGUUCAUAUCGACUGCCAGGCAGCAGUGCUUACUACCAUUGGUGGGGGCCACUGCAAAUGACCAGUGAUAGUGUUAGUAAACCACAGUGCUUACCACCAUUGGUGGGUGCCACUGCUAAUGACCAGUGGUAGUGUAACCACGGUGCUUACUGCCAUGGGUGGGGGCCACUGCAAAUGAACAGUGGUAGUGUUAUUAACCACAGUGCUUACUGCCAUUGGUGGGGGCGAUUGCAAAUGACUAGUAAUAGGGUUACCAUGGUCAUUGGAUUGGUCUACAUGUUUAAGAUGCUUUGCAUUCUGUAACAUCUUCCACUACCACGCUAUUUAGUAGUAGGCCCUCUUUGGUUCCAAGCUGGAAAUUGGGUACUUUGUGGCUGCAGCUUUGAUGGAUUGCCAUUAAUACUUCAAGGGGACAGCCAAAGCCGUAGACAGCAGUUUUUUCUUUUGACAGCCCAGCAUCAAAGACUGGUAGAUCACAAAGGUUUAUGGGAAAUGUAUGCCGUCAAUGCAGACAAUCUGAGAGAUCAUCAAGUCACAACAAAAUGUCUGUUGUCUUCAGUAUAGACAGAAAUUUCGGCACACUGCUGUAGUGGUGGGAUGUUUACAGACUUCAUUCUCUGUUUACCAAGAAUUGCAGGGAGAAACAUUUUCCUGCCAGAAAACAAUGCUCUGAGCUUGGUCCCAAAAAUACUCAAUUUGAACUCAAACUGUUACCACAUAAUUAUGGGUGAUUUUUAUUGUAAAUAAAGCUUGGACAGUCAAUUUUCACAGGA